AUGAAGCUCUCCACCUUUCUCUACGUCGCGGCCUUCUUUACCGGCCAGGCCCUCGCGACUCCCAAACCUUUCGCCGAAGCCGAAGCCGAAGCCAUGCCCAUAUAUGAUCCGGAGCCCAAUACUCGAUGCGAAGUGUCCAAGGCACCAAGGCACACAGCUCCUGUCAUCAAAAUCACCCACAUUGAGCCAGCAUGGUCGCCGACUUCCGCUAUUCGCGCCCUGUGCCUCUCAAACCUUCUCUCAUUCUCCGACAGCGGCGGACGUGAGGUUCGACUCCUCUCCCUCGCAACGGCCAGCUUCUUCGCCAUCCAAGCCGUGGCCGUUCCCUCGGCCAACAUCGAGAUCCGCGGUAACAACGAUGCAAGUGAUGCAAAGCAGAAUGGCGCCUGUAAUAGUAGGUCUCUCGGUCGAUGA